AUGUCGACGAUUGAUUCCUACCUUGAAGCCUUAAUUGCGCUAUCGGGCGACGAGCAGCUCGUAAGCCCUCGCCGGGCCUUACUACAAAGCCUCAACGAUGAGGACCUCGCAGGACUUGUAAAGAAAGCCGUAGGACGCGAGUUCGCACGAGGUGAUCUAGAAGACAUCGCCUCUGUCCUUUUAGAUAUCAUCGUCAAAGACCCAGCUUCAGUCUACAGUCAUGAUGCUGGCGAAGAUCAAGCGACUCAGUUCGUUCUAGAGGAGCAGUAUCUCUCACACCACCAGUUCCUCGAUCGACAAGCCAGGCGUCUACAUCGGGUGUGCAAUCACAAAUUGGCCACCCUGCCCGUACUGUAG